CCAAACUCACUCUAUACAAAGCAGAGCCAAUUUAAAAAAACAGAGCAUUCACUGAUCUGCUCUUCUUCAGAGGUAAAGUGGAAAAAAACACAAAAAAAUGGAGAAAAGAGUAAUUAAAAUGGCAAUUCCUCUGCUUUUUGCAGCAUUAAUGGCUGAAAUUCUUGCACCAGCUUCAGCAGUUUCAUUGUCAAAAGGAUCAUUCGAAGAUAACUUCGAUAUCAUGUUUUCUGAGAGUAAUUUCAAAACUUCUAAAGAUGGGCAGAUCUGGUUUCUCUCCUUAGACAAAACAAGUGGAUGUGGGUUUCAAACUAAACAAAAGUACAGAUUUGGGUGGUUUAGUAUGAGGCUCAAAUUGGUGGGUGGUGAUUCUGCUGGUGUUGUCACUGCUUAUUAUAUGUGCACAGAUGUUGAAGCAUCACCAACAAGAGAUGAGCUAGAUUUCGAGUUUUUAGGGAACAGAACAGGGGAACCUUAUUUGAUUCAGACAAAUGUGUACAAGAAUGGAACUGGAGGAAGAGAAAUGAGACAUGUUUUAUGGUUUGAUCCAACUGAGGAUUAUCACACUUACUCUGUUCUUUGGAACGCCCACCAAAUUGUAUUUUUCGUUGAUCGAGUACCAAUAAGAGUAUACAAAAACAAUGGCAAACCAAACAACUUCUUCCCCGACGAGAAGCCAAUGUACUUAUUCUCGAGCAUAUGGAACGCCGACGACUGGGCCACGAGAGGCGGUCUCGAGAAAACCGACUGGAAAAAGGCGCCAUUCGUGUCGUCGUACAAGGACUUUAGUGUCGAUGGGUGCCAAUGGGAAGACCCUUAUCCUGCAUGUGUCUCUACAACAACCAAAAACUGGUGGGAUCAAGAGCCUUCUUGGCACUUAAGUGAUUCACAAAAGAAGGAUUAUGCUUGGGUGAAGAGGAAUCUUGUUAUCUAUGAUUAUUGCCAAGAUGCUCAAAGAUACACUUCUCCAAUGGAAGAGUGUGAUUUGAGUCCUUGGGAAUAAUUAAUUUUAUGGUCAUUGGUUAAUUUCAUGGCAUAUAGCAAUUCUUCAUCCAAGUGUAUCAAUUUUGAGCUUUGUUUGAGCGUGUAUUACAUGUGUAAUUUAUUAUUCGUAUUCUUUAUUAUUUAUAACGACAAAACAAUUUUUUUUCCCUUA